CUCUCUCGCUCGCUUUGCACUCCACCCUUUUUUUUUUUUGUCUCUCUUCAUUUUUCACCCCCUUAUCUUUUUUCUUAUUCUUAUUAACGUGUGAUAGUGUUGUGUUGUGAUGAACUCGGUGCAUGAAACAAAAGAGUGGCAAAUGCCUCCAAAUGCAUUACCGAGUCCCUCUGUCGCAGAAAGUCCUAUGCAUCCUCCAGUUCCGCAUUAUUCGCCCAUGGAUCAUGCUGCCUAUCCGCCGUCGUUUUCUCAAGGAAAUCCUCUGCCAAUGUCCCAGGCACCACUACCACCACCAUCUUCGCACCACCAUCACCACCCUCAUCACCAUCAGCCUACAUCGCCAACGGAUAGUAGCUACGUCAAGCCAGAUUCGGACCCUCGCUUACCAGGAAUGAUGGCCGUUUCUCAACCCAGCACUCCCCGCCCAAGCCCAGCAGCAACCACAGAGCCUGCAUCAUCACCGACCCGGAAUUCGAAUCAUCCUGCCAGUAGCGCCGCCGCCGCUGCCGCUGCCGCUGCUGCUGUGGCUGCCUAUUCCACCCCGUCCUUCCAUACUUCUUCGCCUUAUAUGUCGGCCGGUGUCAUUCCUCGAAAACGCGGACGCAGCGAUUCGUUGUUCACCCAAGAAUCGGGCCCCUUUUUCAGCUCAACAAAGACAUUCGAUAACCUAUUUGGUGUGGACCGAACCAACUUAUUGAGUAUCCGCAUUCAAUCCAAGAUGGACAGAGGAUUCUUUCUGGCGGAUAAUGACUGGACGUGCUAUCGACGCAACUAUUUCCAAGUCAGCAGUGCGUUUUCUAUACAUGGAAUGAACCACUAUUACGCCGACCACGAACCGCAGUGUCUGGUGCGAAGCGAGGACGGCAAUGCGUUUUAUCCUGUGCGAAGAUUCUUGCUCGGCAUUGGGGCGCGCGUAUCAAACAAUGACAAACGGAUCGAGUUGGUGCAGCACACGCCCAAACGAGAUAAGGGCCCACAGAUGACGCCACAGCCCAAACCGAUCACGGCAGGCGGUAAUCUCAGCAUGAGUGCAGUCGGUACCAACCAGAACAUUGUCACUUUCGAGCGUAUCCAGUUCAAGACGGCCACAGCCAACAAUGGCAAGCGAAGAGCAGCACAGCAAUACUACAUUUGUGUCACGGACUUGUUUGCAGAGACGGAUCAUGGCGAACAGAUCCGGAUCGCUUCGUGUCAGUCUGCUCCACUGGUCGUGCGUGGUCGUAGUCCUGGUCAUUAUACCGAUAGUCAGCAAGAACGUACGGUCGUCACUGCGCCUGCUUCGGGAGCAGUAGUGCCGCCACCCCCUCCGCCACACCAUAAUCCUCAUCAUCAUCACCAUGCUGCUCUACCACCUCCACCACCGCAUCAUAACCAGCAUCCUCAUCAUCAUCCACUGCCGCCACCGUCUUCUUCAUCGAUAUCAUCGCCGCCCAUGACCACCGAUGGUACCACGCCUCCGACAUCUUGUUCACAGCAAAUCGCAUUGCCGCCACCCCCACAACAUCACGACGAUCGCUUUGCUUUCCAAAGACCCCCUUAUACACCUCCAGCCAUGAUGCCUGGUGACUAUGGCUAUUACUCAAGCUACCCACAGCAUUUUAGCCCAACGAUGCACGCACCGCCACCCCCACCACCCAUGGCGCCCAACGGUAUGAUGAUGAAUAACGGACCGCCUACUCCAACACAGCAUACCCCGAGCUCUUCUACAGGCCCACCACCUUCGCCACAGUCGUACGCAGCACCACCUCCGCCGCCACCACCGCCGCAUCAUCAUCCUUAUAUGUUAUCAUCAUCCGUUGCUCGAAACCAUUCGCAGCCAAGUACAUCCGCAUACUACUAAACUUAUAAUAUUUGUACAUAUUAUAUAAAAUACACUACUGGCUGGAAACACAGAUACUCAAAAAAAAAGGAAGAUAACUUUUUGCUCAAACAACACAAUUUCCCCUUUUAACCUUAUACACACGCACUCACACGCUCACAUCAACUUAUAUACAUGUCACUUUCAUUAUAAUCUCGUAUAUUACUUACGCUUUUUUUAUAUUCUGUAUCAACAUCCUUCCCACCAUUCCUUUUUGUCUUUUUUUUCUUUCUUGUAUGUUUCUAUUAUAUUCAUAUUAUAUUAUACUAUACUAUAUCUCGAUUUUAUUAUAGC